AUGCGACUGGAGAGGUUCUACUCUGCAGAGCGCAUGGCACGGGAACACCAAGAGCGCAUAGCGGUCAGCUGGUCUGCCGAGAAGUGCAGAGAGGCUACCCAGUGGACUGCUGGAAAACUGAACUGCCAGAAUUGUAGAGCUCGCCUGGGAGGCUUCAACUUCAUUAAUCGCAGUCAGUGUCCCUGUGGCACUGACACCUCCAUUCACUUCAGCAAAAGCCGCCUGGAUUACGACCACAAGCACUCCAUCCUGAUGGGCCAGCCUUUAAGGUCGAGGCUCAACAGGGGACAGAUGGACAUUUCUCAGAAUCAUGAGGAGAGGGCUGAGUUUAGCACGACUACACUGGAUAGAUUUCGGGAUUUUAACUGCUGCUACAAUCCUCAAACCUCUGUGGGCUCCCCACCCUCAAACAGCCUUAGCAAAAAAGAGAAGAACCAUAUGAAGAGUGUGAGACGGAAACAAAGGAGGAGAGAGAGAUGGCUGCAACACCAGAAGGAGAAAGCACUGGCUGAACGUGUGAGAGUUUUGCUGCUGGAUGAUAAUGAUGAUGAUGAUGAGGAGGAGGAGGAGGAGGAGGAGCACCAGGAGAACAGGGAGAACCUCACUUGUGCUGUCUGUCUGGAUGUCUACUUCAGUCCUCACAGAAGUCAGGCCUGUGGUCAUGUCUUCUGUGAGCCAUGUCUUCGCGCACACGCCAUGAACAGUGGAAAUGACAAGACCACCUGCCCUCUCUGCCGGGAUGUCAUCUUAUACACCAACUUACAAACUGAGCUCGAUCAAAGGGCAAAAACCUUUUUCCCAAAACUUUACAAGGCUCGCAAGUGUGAAUUUGAGGCUUCGCCGUGUGCAUCAUGGCCUCUGCCUGAAGGUAUCAGAGACGAAGAUUUUCCCGUGCUUCAUUUUUACGGAGUGCAAUUGGGCCACAUUUUGUUAAAGAUAUUUUUUGUCAUGAGCUGCAUCCUGUGCUGUGUCCUGGUUCUAGUGUUCCUCUGUUUUAUCCUAUUCUUCUACUGUUUUAGACCUUAUGGUCUAAUUGCAUCAUUUCUUCCAGAUUAGGCCUACUGAAUCGCAUGUCGGAUGUUAAUAGAGUCCGGGAAUACCUCUGAAACAACAGAGGGCAUGUGAGACAUUUGCAGAAAUUGUUGAGAAAAGUUUAUAGUAUUGAGUGUGAUUGGGGUUUAAUAACUACCUAAUUACUUGAAAAAUCUUCAGUCUGAUGAUUUUUGUCCUGCUAACAUAACAAAGCACAGAACUGCAAAACUGAGCUUCUUGUGUCGUGUUCACUAAGGUCACUUGACAGCAAUUUGAAUUUUGAAUGCCAUAUUUCUUAAAUUCAAAGGUGCCAAGCUUUGAGGCAUCACCUGACAACGACCGUAUCAGUGUUUUUAUUUUUUUCAAUCAUCUGCUGAAAACUGUUUCAUAGGUCUUUAAUUUCUGUCCGUCAUGUUUCACAACGUAUGGAUGUGAAAAAAAUUGAAUGUAAGUACAUAUCCUUGACUUAUGUACACUUUAUCCAAACUGUGAAGCACUUUGUGUUUUCAAAAGUGCCAUCCAAAGAUCUUGCUGCUGUUCCAUUUUCUGUAUCAAAUGUACAGAGACACGCUGCUUCUGUGAAAUGUAAUCCAUACCAGGAGUCUCAAUAAAGGUUAGCUGCCUGAU